AUGGAAAAUUUGUCAGAGGAAGACAGUUGGAAUCUGUUCUGUGUCUACGCAUUUCCGGCUCAUGGAGAAAACAGAGUGCCUUCGCACUUGGAAGAGGUGGGUCGUAAGAUUGUAAAGCAAUGUGGAAAUUUGCCACUGGCUAUCAAAACGACAGCAUCAUCUCUCGCCAACACCACAGAUCUUAGAAAAUGGGAGUCCAAGCGCCGUCAGCUUGAAAGGGCAGUUAUUCCCAUUGGGAACCAUGACCCUGUCAUGGAUAUAUUAAAAUUGAGUUACGAUUCCUUGCCACCACAUCUUAAACCUUGUUUUAUAUCGAGAGAAAAUAAAUGUGUUUUUUAUCUUGAAGAAGCCUCUACACAUACAAGUGGUGCCUCUGGCUGGUGUCGGAUUUUACUAGCCAAGAAAGAUACAAAUGAUAAUGCCCUCUCACAUUGCCGUCCUGCUUAUCUCCGUACACUCUCAAUGUCUCAGAAUUGGGAGAUUGAAACCAUUCCAGAAAACUUGUUUACCGCAAUGAGAGGACUGCGCGUUCUGGAUUUGAGCUCCACACGGAUCUCAACAUUGCCUGCAUCUGUUGGAAAGAUUGUACUUCUGAAGGUCCUGAAUUUAAGGGAUACAAGGGUAUAUAAGGUACCGGAGUGUGUGAGAUAUCUGAAAAGUCUUUUGUUUCUUGUAAUGCCCUAUGAUUGUAAGUACAUACCAGUAUGGAUAAGUAAGCUUAAAAUUCUUCAGCAUUUAGAAUGCGAGAAUGUUUAUCGCAUGCCGAAGGGUGUAUCAGAUAUGAACUCUUGGAGAGCACUCCGAACAGGACACUUGAAGCUCUCCAUAAAAGAGGACGAAUUCAUGAGGUUAGAGGAUCUGGCCAAGAUGACUCAGCUUCAGGAAUUACUUUUAGAACUUCACCAUGAGAAUGAGAUGGAGAUGGAGAGGAUAGAAGAAGGGGUUCUUGUGCAGCUGAUCAAGAUGAGCCGUCUAAAUAUCUGGAAUAUGAUGAAUGCGAGUGCGCUGUUUUCAGAGAAAAUGAGAACAAUGAGAGAUCUGGAAAGUCUUCAAUUAUACAGCUUCGUAGUGCCAGGUUGGAUAUGUGAUUUGGCAAAUUUGAGGGAAUUGGAAUUAAGAGGUUGUCUCUGUAUUGAUUACCCGGCGUUGCAAAGAAUGCCCAAUCUAGUGAGGUUGGUGUUGGAUGGGGAUUAUUUGUGCAGAGAAUUGCCAAAGGCGUUUGGAAAGUCAGGAGGGUUUCCACACCUCCGCUUCUUUACAAUUCAAUUUUUCAUAAAUUUAGAGGAGUUCCUAAAAUUGGAGGAGGGGGCGAUGGCAUGUCUUGAGGAGUUUCGUCUACAACAUUGUUGGAAUGUGAAGAAAGUGGGAGAGGGAUUGGAGCGGUUGAAAAGACUGAAGGUGUUUGAUUUCACUAGUUCACGGAAAGGUGAAUUGACAGAGUACUAUCUCUGCCAACCACAGCUAGCACUGAAUAAAACGCUAGCAUGA